GGUGUUUGGAGCGGCACAGCCUGAGCUCCUCUGGACUAAAAAGUUGACGGUUGGGCGGGUUGUGUUGUUUUAGCGAGGCCGGCAGCGGUGGUCCAGAUGUUAGUUCACUCUUACUGCACGGCGGACCGCCAUGACGGCGUCUCCAGCCACAGCUCCCGCCUGUCCCAGCUGGGCUCCGUGUCCCACGGCGGGCCCUACUCCAGCGCGCCGCCCCUCUCCCACGCACCCUCGUCGGACUUCCAGCCGCCCUACUUCCCGCCGCCGUACCAGCCGCUGGCCCACUACCAGAGCCAGGACCCCUACUCCCACGUCGGCGACCCUUACUCGCUCAACUCGCUCCACCAGAGCCAGCAGGGUGCGUGGGGGGCGAGGCAGCGGCAGGACGCGGCCGGAGAGCGGAUGGACAGCUCGUCUUUGCUGGCGCAGCCUCGGGCCUCUCUGCCGCAGCUGCCCGGGCUGGACCACAGGCGGGAUUACGGCGGCGUGCGGAGGCCGGACGUGCUGCUGCACGCCGCUCACCCGGGACUGGAGCCCGGGAUGGGAGACGGACUGCUGCACGGGCUGCACGGCAUGGAGGAUGUUCAGACUAUUGACGACACCAACGGAACCAACAUCCUGGAUCAAUCUGUAAUUAAGAAAGUGCCCAUGCCACCCAAGAACAUUGGGUCGUUGAUGCUGGGCAAGGACGGCCUGAUCGGUGGCAUCACCGUCAACAUAAACGAACUGUUCUGCUCGGUACCGGGCCGGUUGUCCCUGCUCAGCUCCACCUCCAAGUACAAAGUGACGGUCGGGGAGGUGCAGAGGAGACUUUCCCCACCCGAGUGCCUCAACGCAUCACUACUGGGGGGCGUGUUGAGAAGAGCAAAGUCCAAAAACGGCGGGAAAUGCCUGAGGGAAAAACUGGAGAAGAUUGGCUUGAAUUUACCUGCAGGAAGACGUAAAGCUGCGAAUGUGACGUUACUGACGUCACUAGUAGAAGGUGAGGCCGUGCACCUUGCGAGGGACUUCGGCUACAUCUGCGAGACAGAGUUCCCCACCAAGGCCGUGAGCGAGUACCUCAACCGGCAGCACACGGACCUCAACGAGCUUCACACGCGGAAAAACAUGCUGCUGGCCACCAAACAGCUCUGCAAAGAGUUCACAGACCUGCUGGCCCAGGACAGGACUCCCCUGGGCAACUCAAGGCCCAGCCCCAUCCUGGAGCCCGGCAUCCAGAGCUGCCUCUCCCACUUCUCCUUCAUCACGCACGGCUUCGGCUCGCCCGCCAUCUGCGCCGCGCUCACGGCCCUCCAAAACUACCUCAGUGAGGCCCUCAAAGGACUCGACAAGAUGUUCCUCAACAACCCCUCCAACAACCGGCACGGGGACAACAAAGCCGGCGACAAAGAGGAGAAGCAGCGGAAAUGAGUGGACGAGGAGGAAGAAAUGCAGAGACACAGGAGGAUUGUUUAUCUGCGUUACAUUUCUUUCAUCCCCCCCCCCGAGGACAUGCUGGUUGAUGUGUUACAUCCAUUUUGCUCCCCAUGCCAGCAUCCUGUGAGACUGAGGUGCAGCUAACAAAAAUGUGUAUGUGUGUGUGUG